UAAAUAUUUCGGAACUCCUCUCAUCUCAUCAUUCCAAUAUUUUCUGCGGUCUCUGAAAAGCGCUCUUCGUUUCCGGGCUUGUUCAUCAACCAUUCCCUUUCAAGAUGCAGAUCUUUGUUAAGACCCUUACUGGGAAGACUAUAACCCUUGAAGUGGAAAGUUCUGAUACCAUUGACAAUGUUAAGGCGAAAAUCCAAGACAAGGAGGGUAUCCCCCCUGACCAGCAAAGGUUGAUUUUUGCUGGAAAGCAGCUUGAGGAUGGCAGGACUUUGGCCGAUUAUAACAUUCAGAAAGAGUCCACACUCCACCUGGUCCUUCGUUUGAGAGGUGGAAUGCAAAUAUUUGUUAAGACACUCACUGGAAAGACCAUCACCCUUGAAGUUGAGAGCUCUGAUACGAUUGACAAUGUAAAGGCGAAAAUCCAAGACAAGGAAGGAAUCCCCCCUGAUCAGCAAAGGUUGAUUUUUGCUGGAAAGCAGCUUGAGGAUGGCAGGACUUUGGCCGAUUAUAACAUUCAGAAAGAGUCCACACUCCACCUGGUCCUCCGUUUGAGAGGUGGAAUGCAAAUCUUUGUUAAGACACUCACUGGAAAAACCAUCACCCUUGAAGUAGAGAGUUCUGACACGAUUGACAAUGUAAAGGCAAAAAUCCAAGACAAGGAGGGAAUCCCCCCAGACCAGCAGAGGCUCAUCUUUGCUGGUAAACAGCUUGAGGAUGGUCGGACCUUGGCAGAUUACAACAUUCAGAAAGAGUCCACCCUUCAUUUGGUUCUCCGGCUGAGAGGUGGAAUGCAAAUAUUUGUAAAGACGCUGACCGGGAAGACCAUCACUCUUGAGGUGGAGAGCUCUGACACAAUCGACAAUGUGAAGGCGAAGAUCCAAGACAAGGAGGGUAUCCCCCCAGAUCAGCAGAGGCUCAUCUUUGCUGGUAAACAGCUUGAGGAUGGAAGGACCCUGGCUGAUUACAACAUACAAAAGGAAUCCACCCUUCACCUUGUUCUUCGCCUUCGUGGAGGUAUGCAGAUAUUUGUGAAGACCCUGACGGGAAAGACGAUCACACUAGAGGUGGAGAGCUCAGACACCAUAGAUAAUGUGAAGGCCAAAAUUCAGGACAAGGAGGGGAUCCCUCCAGAUCAGCAGAGGCUGAUCUUUGCAGGGAAGCAGUUGGAGGAUGGUCGGACACUUGCUGAUUACAACAUUCAGAAGGAGUCCACUCUUCACUUGGUCCUUCGUCUUCGUGGGGGGUCUGGGUUCUGAUAUUUGGUUGUGGUCAUUCCUGUCUGUCUUUUGGGAUAUGUUUGAUGUCUUAUAGUGUGUGGAUGCAGUUCAGUUGCUUCUGGCUGCUGAUUGAAAUAAAGAGUGGAUGACAUAUUAGUACCUAAACCACUUGGUUAACUGCUGGUAUGGAUUAUAAAUUUAUGCUUUCAAAUGAUGAGGACAUCUCUUCUAUA